AAUGUGGAACAAUAAAGUACAAUGGAAAGAAUCCGAAAAUUCAUUGCGUAUAUUGGAUUACAUACUUUUGGAAUGAAAAUGAUUUAUCCUGGAUCGUGUUUUUUUAUGCCCAAGUUUUUAGGGUUAAAUAGUAGACGCGCUGAGUUGCUUCAAGAUUAUGGUUGUGAAGUAAAGAAAAUUAAAACAAAGGAUAAUAAUAUUAUAGACACAAUAUUUAUGGAUAGCAGAAAUCAAGGAAUUCAUGGUGAAACUCUUGUCAUUUGCUGUGAAGGUAGUGCAUCUUUUUAUGAAGAUGGCUGUCUUAUUAGAGUACCCAUGGAAGCUGGAUAUUCCAUGUUAGGAUGGAACCAUCCAGGUUUUGGAAAUAGUACGGGAAAGCCAAUGCCAUCCCAAGAACAAAACGCAAUAGAUGCUGUAGUCAAAUAUGCUAUUUUUAAAUUAAAAUUUAAGAGAAAAAAUAUAUUAUUUUAUUGUUGGAGUAUUGGGGCUUAUACAGGAAGUUGGGCUGUAAUAAAUUAUCCAAGUUGCAGAGGAAUUAUUUUAGAUGCAGCUUUUGAUGAAAUGUUAAACUUAGCCAAAAAUGCUACACCACAAUGGCUUCAUAACACUGUUGAAAUUGCUAUUAAAAAAUAUGUGGACUUAAACGUACUGGAACUUUUAAAGGAAUAUUGUGGUCCAAUCUUACUUAUAAGAAGAACUAGAGAUGAAAUAACAUGUUUAGAGGCAGGAAAUUUAUCAACCAAUAGAGCAAAUAUACUUUUGAUGGAAAUAUUUACUUUUCGCUUUCCGAAUUUAAUAACAUCCAAUGUAAAGAUAGUUUUAAAUAAGUAUUUGUCAGUUACCGGAAAAUUUCAAGAACAUAUCGUUAAAAAAUAUAAGGUAGAUAAAGCAGAAUGUUUAGCAACACUAAAAAAGUAUGUAUCGGAAGAUAAAAAAGUAAAAAAGUAUCCAAUGUUAUUUGGUAAAGAGCUGGGAGAAAGGCAAAAAGUUCAAUUGAUUUUGUUUUUGGCAAGCAAGUAUAUGAUCGAAUUUGAUGCCACCCAUUGUACUCCUUUGCCUUCCGAAAUGUUUCAAGAACCAUGGAACGGCUAGAAUAUGACAUUCUCUCGUAUAUAAAUAUAAAUUUAUAAUAAUAUUUAUAAAAUAAAAUGUACCUAAUAAGUUUUUUAAACAAAUACUAUAAUUACACCAGGUGUGUUAGUUAACAACUUAAUUUUUGGGCAAUA